UUGUACAAGAAUUUAGCCCUACUUUUUGUCUUAUUCAUAAUACCAACGCAUGGAUUUUGAAGAUGACAACAGAACUACAAACUCCAGCACAAGUUUCAGAUCCUGCCUCUCAAAUUUAUAAGGCGACUUAUUCGGGUGUUCCCGUUUGGGAGUUUCGGGUCCGAAGUGUUGCUGUUAUGCGCAGGAAAACUGAUUCAUGGCUCAACGCUACACAGAUUCUCAAAGUCGCUGAAUUUGAUAAACCACAUAGAACAAGAAUCUUGGAGCGCGAAGUACAAAAAGGUGAACACGAAAAAGUUCAAGGUGGUUAUGGAAAAUAUCAAGGAACGUGGGUACCAUAUCAAACAGGUGUUGAUUUAGCGGAAAGGUAUCAUGUUAAAGAACUGUUACAACCAAUAAUAGAAUUUGAGCCUUCAUCAGAGAGUCCUCCUCUUGCACCUAAGCAUGUUACCGCUGCUUCAAACAAACCACGCAAGCCGCGUGAACCUAAAGAGCCUAAAGCCAUAAAGCCAAGGAUUCCAAAAAAAGCUAAGAAAGUUGAGCCACAGAAUGAGGAAAUGUCUGUAGAUACAGAUCACGAAACUAAUGAUAUAGCUAGUAUUGUAUCUUCAAAUGGAUCUAUUUCUCCGAUGUCCUCUUCGUCAACAUCACCCGCACCAAUAGAAUCGUCUAAUGACUUGUCAGAGUCAGACGAGGCUAAUACAGUUACAACAGUGCAAAAACAAAAGAGAAAGCGUAAACAAGCAGAUUCUGGAGGUCGUGCAAAUAAAGUCGCGAAAACUAACCCAAGUCAGUCUAAUGCCACCGAAUACGGCAGUCUUAUGUUGACCUACUUUACAACGAAUGCAGAAUCAAUUCCAGAUUUUAUUUUACAUCCACCAUCCGAUUUUGAUGCUAACAUUAUAAUUGAUCAACAAGGUCAUACAGCAUUACAUUGGGCCGCUGCCAUGGCGAAUUCUGAUAUGGCUUCUUUGUUGGUUAAGGCUGGAUCCGAUCCAGACCGUGGAAAUGUUCUCGGAGAAACUGCUCUUAUGAGGAGUGUCAUGUUUCAUUAUAAUUAUGAAAACAGAAGUUUUCACGAUAUGGUGCAACUUUUAUUCAGGACUAUUGGUAAUCUUGACAUUCGUGAUCAAACAGUAUUACAUCAUGUUGCAAUAUAUGCUACUACUAAAGGUAGGGUCGGACCUUCAAAGUAUUAUAUGGAAGUACUCCUCACGCAAUUAGCGCAACAUCCGAAUGAAGAAUAUCGAAGAACCAUUAUUAAUAAGCAGAACAACGAAGGUGAUACCGCACUUAAUAUCUCCGCGAGAUUUGCAAAUAAAAGACUCGUGAAGCUUCUUGUUGACGCUGGAGGAGAUCCCCAAAUUCGAAAUCUGCAAGGAAAGAAUGCGGAAGACUAUAUUUUAGAAUUAGAUCAUGAAGCCAGAUUCCGAGCUGAACAACAAAAUCGGUCGCAAGACCUACAAGUCACAAAUGGAAUCGAAAAUAAUGAAAAUGGUACAUCCUCCACUUCAGUAGUUGCUACCACGACUCCUAAUCGAGCAGAAUUUUUGAUACAAGAUAUUAACGCAAUAUUGCAAGAAUUUAAAAGUUCAUAUGAUGAUCAAAUACAGGUCAAAGGCAAAGAAUUAACAUUAGCACAAACACAGCUAACAUCUAGUCAUGAAGAGCUCAAAAAAACAAAUAGUUUAAUCGAAGAAUUGCGAGAGAAAACUCGAGCUGUACCGGCACGUAAAGAACGCAUGAAUGAUUUAAUCAAUUUGGUAACAGAUAAAAUAGAGAAUCGAAGAAACCGAAGAUUAAAUGCUUGUUUGAAAAAUGAAAUGAAAGAGGUUAUAUCAAUUACAGAGGCAAAUAAAGAAAAGGUUAGAGAGCUUAACCAUAAAUUGGGAGAACUUAAAGCUGAAAGGGUUCGGUUGCUUAGUACAUUGAUUGAAAUAAAGAAAACCCCUGAGACAAAAAUUAUUCCUUAUAAACGAGUAAUUAGCAUGUUUUCCGGGGUACCAACAAGCCAACCACAACAAUACCCUUUGGAAACGAUGGCAGAUAACAAUACGUUCAUUACCAAGCUAUAA